AUGUCGAACCAACAUUCAGGAUCGUCUAAGCGAUUGCAGCAAACCCAGGCUCAAGUUGAUGAAGUUGUUGGUAUUAUGAGAACCAAUGUUGAAAAGGUUCUCGAGCGUGAUCAGAAACUUUCAGAACUGGACGACCGAGCCGAUGCUCUGCAACAGGGAGCUAGUCAGUUUGAGCAACAAGCCGGAAAGCUAAAGCGCAAAUACUGGUGGAAGAAUAUCAAGUUGAUGUUGAUCCUUGCCAUUAUCUUGAUCGUCAUUAUUAUAAUCAUCAUUGGUAAAGUAUCCCUUUUUAUUUAA